CAACAGACAACCAAAAUACUAAUACUUUUACAUUCACCUUUUUACUUAUCUUAUUCUCCUACUUUCCUGCCUCACUCUCAGGUUUAUAAUAUUAUCGACUCUCAACAAAAACUUUCAUAUAACCUCUUAUAGAUUUCUCUUUCUCUCUUACUCUUUUCUACUUCCGUUCUUGUGUUUGGUGCAAGGUUGCAUCUCAUAACAUGGCCAUAGAGGAUGUCAAAUUCCAUCAGUCAAUUCUCUCUUGAAAAUCAGCUCCAGACCGUGCGACAGCUAUACUUAGAUGCCUCUUUAAUAGAGCAAACAAUUCAACAGCAUGUAGAGGCUAAUAAGGUCGGAUAUCGAUCCAGUAUUUCAUCUCAUUCAUCCCCUACCAGCGACCGGCGCCUGAACCUUUCAGACACCUCCUCCUCUUCGCGUCACCAAAACCAGAGUCGACAGUCAUCAAAUUCUUCACUACAGAAUCAGAAUCAGCGUCGCUCUGGUCGUCAGCAGCAUCAGGCGCAACAAGAAGACCAGGGGCAAGGGUUUCAGGUACCGCCUUCGAGAUAUUUUCGAUCCAGCCAUGAGGAGCUGACUUUUUUACGUGAUAGCCUCAAAGAUGUCUAUGAAGUCGUAUUAUUGGAAGAUUUAGUUGCCGCAGUCGAAAAAUCAAUAGAUGAGCGUCUCUGGAGGCACGUAUUUUAUGCUCCCAUUGAAGAGCUCCGGGCAGAGUUGAGAAAACUCGACAAAAAUAGUAGACAGCAUCAGGAAGUUAUGGAUGAGCUUAGUAAACUGCUUGACAAAGGGACAGGUUUCUACCAUGAGAUGAUCACAGCCUUGCGGUGCGAACACGAUAUUGAUCUUGAAUCUAUAGCAGUUGAAGUACUGCAGUCCGAAUCAUCAACAGCUGGCAAAGGCAAUAAAUCUGUCGCAAACAUUGAUACUAAAUUAUUGCAAAGCCGCAGUAGAAGUGGGCGUGGCCGACAACAGUCUCGCUUAAAAGAUGAAGCAUUGCUUGCGCAACCUACAUACUCUAUAGAGGCUCUUGCGAACUGUAUUCAAAAAUGCUUUAUAUAUCUUGGAGACUUGGCUCGAUAUAGGACCAACGUCCGUCUCGAGACUCAGGCUGUGCUCACCACAUCACAAAAGGUUGGCAAGGAUCUGGAGACGUCGCAAACCAGGCCCUCAGCUUCGGACUGGGAGGCAGCCUAUCGCUUUUACAUUCGCGCAUUUCAGACAUUUCCAGACAGUGGAAAACCUUACGGUCAGUUAGCCAUCCUUGCUACGUAUGCCAACGAUGACCUAGAUGCUAUUUAUUGGUAUACUCUCAGUCUAGGAACCAAAUCCCCAUCAAUUGUUGUACGAGAUAACUUGAAAGUCUUCUUUUCUCGAUACCAAAAUCGUUACAAGGAUCUUCUUUCUAUGAUAUACCCACAGUCUGAUGACUUGAGCAAUGCAAUGAGCACAGAUGAGGAGACGGAUACUCGUAGUCGACCAAAAUCGACAUCUGCGCAGCAACUGGCUUUAGCGAGAUGUGAUAUUACAGUGUUUUUUAUUAAGAUCCAAAUGGAUUUUUUUGUACCUCAUUUGGAAAGUACUACUUUUCGCGACUCCAACCUCUUGACCACAUUUUGUCAUAAGCUUUCAUCCAAGUUGGCAGACGGUGGGUUCGAGAGUACGGCUUUGAAAAUGGUAGCAUCAAUGAUCCUAGUAAUUUACGAUCUUCAUGCUAGGGCAGCCUUAUCUUCACUUACAGCAGAGUCGAAUACAAAGGAAGGAACAUUGGGGUGGAAGCAGGCGCAAAGAUUGGGACUCAUCUACCUGUUUGGGAUGGCAACUACAAUUUUGGAUCACCAGCUAUCUCUAUUCAAACAAAAUGACUCGAUCCAUCCUUCUCCAAGUCAAGGAUUGCUUUUUCCGAUUCAGAUCUUCAUAGAGUUUUGGCUAUCUCACUGGGAUCAGGUUUGGGGGAUGGUUCGUAUGGAUGAGAAGUGGGCAGGCGCGUCAAAUCGAGCAGAUCUUUCUCUGCGAAAAGCUACAGUUACUUUCUUUCGAUCGUUUAUCAGCGUUCUUAACAUUAUCCGUCCACAAGGCCAAGAUUACUUUAACCUUGACGACGUUUCACAGAGGGCAUAUCAAAUUCUUCAAGAUGAUCGCUAUCACUUCUUCGGUCUCAUGCCCUUCCGGCGAUUUCAUAGCCAGUUAUCAAUUUGUUUUGAUGUGGUUGAGGAUCCAGAGACAACAAAGCUAUAUCGACUAUUGCUGUUUACAGAGAAAGUCAUCCAAGCAACUGAAAGCAUCCGAGGCACGGUGGUAGAACUUUCGCUCGAGCCAGUGUCGGAUGAAGAUCAAACAGAAAGUGGAGGCGUAUAUUACAAAGUUAUGGAUGCUGACGAUAAGCGUUUGCUACGUGAGCGAGGCUCUAAGGUGCUGGCGUCACACUGGCUCCAGGAUCAAGUCUCAUCUCUCCAGAAGGGAUUAGAGGAUUCUGAGAGAGUAGAAAGAAGAGGUGGUCAUAGUCACUUGAAUCAACAAGAUAAUAGGAGGGAUGGUAAUCGAUCGAGGCCACUCGUCCCUAUUUCAACGCUUCCUGGGACAGUGAGGCUACCGCUCAGUGGACAAACUAAAUUAACAGAUCAUUAUCAACGUGGUCCUCCAAAAUUUAUUUCGCCAAGCUCUCCGCAACAACAGCAUGGUCAUUCAGGGGUAGACAGAGGUAGCUCCUUGAAUAAUCAGCUACAGCUCAAGAACCGUCCAGAAAAGCAUAGCCCGCCAUAUUGGACAUGCGUUGUGGAUUUUUCUGUUCUUGUUUGGCAUCUUUCAGACGUCAAGACGCUUCUGGAGCACCGAAAAUGCCUAAUUAUUGUACCUCUCGAUGUUAUUGACCGUCUUGACAAGGCAAAGAAAGGUCAAGAUAAAGAGAAUCAGAAAACGCGUGAAGCAAUUCGUUUCUUGGACAAUUGGUUGAAUAUAGUUCGAUGGGGUAUGUCAGAGCCACUCUUGGUCGGGCAGAAUGUUAAAGACAGUCUUGGGCGAUGGAGUGAGGCUAUACCUUUCCUUGUGAAACAAGAAGAAUCAAAUUCUAUCACGAAUGGAGGCGUGAGAGGUGAUCAUGACUGUAGUAUGCCUGAAGCCAUUGAGGUAGAAGAUCAGGACAUUGAUAUGGCAGAUGUACAAAAGGAGGCAGACAACAAGGAAGAAAAGGAUUUGAUUGGAGAGGAUAAUGAAAUAGAAGAAGAGAUCGAAGUCAGGAGCGUCAAGAAUGUGCCUCGAAUAUGGCAUCCAAUCUUAGGAGCUUGUUUGUUCCUUUUACGGAAACGAGACGAAGCGCAUCGCAUUGCUCAGGAUCGCUUUAUAUUAUUGACAGAAGAUCCAGAUUUAUUGUAUUAUGCCCGAUGGUUUGAUAUCCCCUCGAGUAGCAUUCUCGGCUGGAAGCACUUGGGCAUUUAAAGGAUUUUAAAGUUGCAAGUAUUUGGUUAUGUCAUCACUAAAUAAAGACGCCUCGUUUAAAG